AUGCAUGUUCUUGUAGUCGGUGCCUCUGGACGCACUGGCUCUUUGGCCGUCGCCGAAGCUCUGAAACGUGGAGAUCGCGUCACAGCGCUUGUCCGCAACCCAGACACUUUCACUCCGGCCGACGUCGAUCUUACCAGCGCCCUCCUUCGGGUGAUCAAAGGCACCCCGCUAGAUCAGGGAGAUGUACACAAAGCAUUCUUGGGCGACAAAGUCGACGGCGUAGUCGUCGCCUUGAACAGCACUCGAUCCAGCGACGUGCCUUGGACCAAGCCAACAAGCUCCACUGACAUGAUUGCGAAUGCUGUCAAUAUCCUUCUAUCGGAGAUGCUGCUUGCUGGAACCACUCGCAUAUCUCUAGUCUCAUCCUGGAGCGUGGGCUCUUCAUGCUCAACCGCGCCACUGCCAAUCCGCUUCGUCAUGAUGCACACGAAUCUGAACUACACUUACCAGGCGUUGACCUUGGCAGAGGAGACGCUCUUCCACGCUGCGCCGGACAUUCAAUGGACCAUUGCAAGACCUUCGGCGUUAACAAAUGGGAAACCCUAG